UGUUAACCUUUUCAGGUGUUGUGUUUUGUUUUUAGAACAUGUGUGUUCAAGUGAAAAUGGAACACCUUGGUGAUCUGCUACAAAGUGAUGUUAUAUCAAAGUUCAGUUACAGUGAUGAUGAGGAUCAGGAUAGUUCACAAUAUAAUGUUAUGAAUGUGAAAACAGAAACUGAAUGUCAGAGAGAUACUGAAGCUGGUUUAGAAAGAGCAUCUGAUAUAAAGACCAGUGUGAACAUCUGUUGUGGAAGUCAGGUUCUUGGUUAUCAUGUUGUAAAACAAGAAGAUCACUUUACAGAAGAUGUAAAAUCCCCAAACAAAAAUAUUAGUGGCGAAACAAAAUUAAGUGGAAAUAACCUAACAACAUUUAAUAUACAUCAGAGUGAUGAUAAACUAUACAGUUGUGGAAAACCAUUUGAUAACCUAACACAACAAAAGAGGAUACACUCUGGAGAGAAACCAUAUCAUUGUACAGUUUGUGGAAAACAGUUUGGUACAAAUAGUUGCUUAAAAAUGUGUCAAAGAAGACACACUAAUGAGAAACCUUACAGUUGUACAGUGUGUGGAAAACAGUUUGGUAAAAAUGAUCAAUUUAAAACACAUCAAAGAACACACACUGGUGAGAAACCUUAUAGUUGUGUAAAUUGUGAAAAACAGUUUGGAACAAAUAGUGAAUUAAAAAGACAUCAAAGAAUUCACACUGGCGAGAAACCUUACAGUUGUACAGAUUGUAAAAAACAGUUUGGUACAAAUAGUGACUUAAAAAAACAUCAAAGAAUACACACUGGGGAGAAACCUUACAGUUGUACAGUGUGUGGAAAACAGUUUGGUACAAGUAGUGAUUUAAAAAGACAUCAAAGAAGACACACUGGUGAAAAACCUUACAGUUGUACAGUGUGUGAAAAACGAUUUGGAACAAACAGUGAAUUAAAAACACAUCAAAGAAGACACACAGGGGAAAAACCUUACAGCUGUGUAGUUUGUGAAAAACAGUUUGGAACAAACAGUGAAUUAAAAAUACAUCAAAGAAUUCACACUGGUGAGAAACCUUAUAGUUGUACAGUGUGUGGAAAACAGUUUGGUUCAUAUAGUGUCUUAAAAAUACAUCAAAGAACACACACUGGUGAAAAACCAUGCAGUUGUGGAAUUUGUGGAAAACAGUUUGGAACAAAGAGUGAAUUAAAAAUACAUCACAGAAUUCACACAGGUGAGAAACCUUACAGUUGUACAUAUUGUGAAAAACGGUUUGGAACCAAAAGUGAAUUAAAAACACAUCAAAGAAGACACACUGGCGAGAAACCUUACAGUUGUGGAGUUUGUGGAAAACAAUUUAUAACCAAUGGUAGCUUAAAAUAUCAUCAAAGGACACACACUGGUGAGAAACCUUACAGUUGUGCAAGUUGUGAAAAACAGUUUGUGACAAAUAGUGAUUUAAAAAGACAUCAAAGAAGACACACUGGUGAGAAACCUUACAGUUGUACA